AUGCUGGAGCUUGAGCUCUUGGAUACAUACAAACAAGAACAGGGAAAUAAGAGUAAAGGUGUGUUUGGUGAGUCAGUGUCAGUGACUGAAAGCGAUUCUGUUACUUUACACACUGGUGUUACUGAAAUACGUGAAGAUGAUGACAUACUGUGGAAGUUUAGAGCUGAUACGUCCCCUAUAGCUGAAAUCAGUAGAGUUGCUGGAAUCUUCUCCACAUAUAGCGGUCCUGAUGGGAGAUUCAGAAACAGACUGAAGCUGGAUAAUCAAACUGGAUCUCUGACCAUCACAAACAUCACAACUGAACACGCUGGACGUUAUGAAGUACAGAGAAGUGGAGUCAAGUGGUCAUCAAAAAUAUUCAGUGUUUCUGUCUAUACUCGUCUGCCUGUUGCUAACAUUACCAGAGACUGUUCAUCAUCAUCAUCAUCAUCACAGCAGAAUUGUUCAUUGUUGUGUUCAGUGGUGAAUGUGAGUCAUGUGACUCUCUCCUGGUACAAAGGAAACAGUUUAUUGUCCAGCAUCAGUGUGUCUGAUCUCAGCAUCAGCCUCUCUCUACCUCUGGAGGUGGAAUAUCAGGAUAAUAAUACCUAUAGUUGUGUGGUGAACAAUCCCAUCAGCAACCAGACCACACAUCUGGACAUCAGUCAACUCUGUCACAUAUGCGAAGAUCCUCCAGCCUCUCUAUCUCUGAUAAUACUGACCUUUGCUGCUGCCGCUGCUGGAUCUCUGUUGAUUGUAGUUUCAGUCGUGACGUGCUGUAUCUGCAAGAAAUGUAGAAAAAAGGUUCAGACACAGGAGGAAGACAGAGCCGAUUCAGCAUUGUGCAAACCAAAAACACAAAAAACGAAAUCAAAGACAGAAGCUGUGUAUGAAAAUAUCCCCAAAAAACGAUGAACAAAUACUGUAUUUACUGGAACUGAUGCUAGAGCUCAUACAGGACAGUGUCUUAUGAUUUUGGGGUUUAUUACUUAUUCUCUGCCUGCAACUCUUUCUUUUUUUUUUGUACCUUUUGGUGUUAUUGUGAAUUUUGUUUUAAUGUAUUAGUUCACCAUUAGCACAACAUCCAGAAAAUGAAAUGUUCUAUUUUUAGUUCAUCAUAUGAAAAUUACCUAACUUUCAUUAUAUAUUAAACAUUGAUCCACCCUUCA